AUGACCACCCAUCCCGACAGCCAUUCCGGGGAUUUAGAAUUAAAAAAUCUCCUCACUUCGUGGCAUUUGGAGCAUCACUACAAUCAUUUUCGGGAACAAAAAAUCACUCUUCAAGUUCUGAAGAUACUCAAGCCACAACAUAUUGAAAAAUUAUUUGCAAAUCGUCCAUUAGGUGAUCAGGUCAUGUUCGAACAUCGUUUGAACAUAUGGCAGCAGCUGCAGCUGUUAGAUGAUACACCGAAAGCUUUUCGAAGCCAAGUUGUACCAAUUGCUAUAACAGAAAAUCGAACGAAGAGAUUGAAACCAAAUGAAAGUUCUCAAGAGUUGGAGGUACAUGAUUAUGAUGAUACCGAAGAUAAUUUACAAGAUAUGGAUGACAACACAACAAAUGUAUCCAGGCCUGAAAUGUCGUCGUCAGCUGUCAGACGUUCUUCAUCCACCACAUUGCCAAAAAUUGCUAAUGUGGCCAGUGAAAGCUCUGCGGCACCACUCCCAUCAGUCUCGACGCCUUCUGAUAUGGGGCCCACAAACUUUUCACCAUAUUCCGUCCGGGAUAUUCUAAAUUCUACCUUUGAGGGUAAGACCCUCAUAAGUUAUUACCAGCAACAUAAAAUCUUCCUAGAGGAUCACCGUACCACUUUAUUGAAUAUAUUAGCCCGCCAUAUAGAUGCCAAUGAAUGCAAGCUAACGAUGAGCCAAGCCACCAGUAUGGAAAAACAAAUUCUCGAAAUGUUUCCCACCGAACGGGAGGAAUUCUAUCGAACGGGUAGAAGGGGACGUCUCUAUAAUAAGAUACAUAAUAUGAAAAGAAUCCAUAGGAGACUAAAACAACAGCAACAGGUCGAGGAGUCGGAAUCGAUUUCGAAACCAGCAUCACCUUCGGAUGGUGCAAUAAAGAAAGAAUGCAUUGUGGAGUUGAAUGAGGAUCACAUGAGAUUUAGUGCGCACAGCCAUGAGGAGCGUAUGGAGUUUUGGAAUCGUACACAAGCUAUUCGUUUUCGGGAUAUUGAUGAAAUUGAAUCGUUGCAGGAUAUUUUAAAUAAAUGGCCGGAAUAUAAAAAGUCCGAGGCCAAAGACUAUGUAAGUAUCGGAAUGGGCUAG